CGUAUGAACGUCUUAGAUGUGGCUGGCAAGCAGCAAUGGCCGCACACAUUAGGUUAUUCCAACUCAGGAAAAGUCUCGGUAUACGCUUGCAAUCUUGUCGUGGAGUUUCGUCAUUGCCUGAUUUGGAGACCAAACACCCGAUCGAUAAAUUACUGAUCGCAAAUCGCGGAGAGAUCGCCUGCAGGAUCAUCAGAAGUGCUCGCAAGCUGGGCAUCCGAUCCGUGGCCAUAUACAGCGAUGUCGAUAAGAACUCGGUUCACGUGCGUGAAGCAGAUGAAGCCUACAGGGUCGGAACGGCUGCGGCGGCCGAGAGUUACCUUCGUCAAGACAAAAUCAUCGAGGUUGCGAAGCACUGCGGCGCAAAAGCAAUCCAUCCUGGGUAUGGAUUCCUAUCGGAAAAUGUCGAAUUCGCUGAGCUCUGUAAAAAAGAAGACCUGAUUUUCGUCGGACCGCCAGUCAACGCUAUAAGAGACAUGGGGAUCAAGUCAACUUCAAAGCAGAUUAUGGCUAAGGCCGGAGUCCCCAUUAUAGAGGGUUACCACGGAGUGGAGCAAGACGACGCAAUUUUGCUCCAAGAAGCCAAGAAAAUCGGCUUUCCCGUGAUGCUGAAAGCUGUACGGGGCGGUGGCGGAAAAGGUAUGAGGAUCGCGAUGAAUGAGGCCGAGUUCGAAUCGCAGCUCGAGAGUGCGCGACGAGAAGCAAUGAAAUCCUUUGGAGACAACGUCAUGUUGGUCGAGAAAUUCGUGGUGAACCCGCGGCAUGUUGAAGUUCAAGUUUUCGGAGACCAACACGGAAACCACGUGUACCUAUUCGAACGCGACUGCAGCAUACAGCGUCGCCAUCAGAAAAUAAUCGAAGAGGCUCCAGCCCCUGGAAUCUCGGACGAGGUUCGUCGCCGGAUCGGCGCAGCGGCGGUUCGAGCCGCGAAAGCUGUCGACUACGUGGGGGCAGGAACAGUGGAGUUCGUCAUGGAUUCACAGCAAAAGUUUUACUUCAUGGAAAUGAACACUCGGCUCCAGGUCGAGCAUCCGAUCACCGAGUUGAUCACGGGAGUCGAUCUCGUCGAGUGGCAGCUACUGGUCGCGUCGGGCGCGUCGCUACCACUCCUUCAGGAACAAAUAGAGCCGAAGGGACAUGCGUUUGAGGCUAGGAUCUACGCCGAAGACCCGAAAAAUAAUUUCAUGCCCGCCGCUGGUUUCUUGAAGAAGUUGAGGGCUCCUGCCGAUGCUCGCGUCGACACCGGGGUGCAAGAAGGCGAUGAAGUCAGCGUUCAUUAUGAUCCGAUGAUCGCUAAACUUGUUGUUUGGGGCUCCGACCGACAAUCUGCUCUCGCGAAACUCAAACGCUCGCUGGGGGAUUACAUCAUCGCUGGCAUGCCAACGAAUAUUCCGUUCCUGAUGAAGCUAUGUUCUCAUCCUAGCUUCAGAACGGGGGACGUGCAUACGGAAUUCAUUCCUCAACACAAAGAAUCUCUCCUGGGCUUCGCGAGGCCAUCGGAUAAGAUGGUCGCCUUGUCUGCCCUAAGUCUCCUGCGGAGAAGGAAUUCGUUGGAUUUUUUCAGACUCAAUAUGGAACACAUCGAGAAAAUUGAGUUCAAGUACGGUGAUGGGGACUUCUCGGUCGAAAUAACCGCUCACAGUGAUGACAAGGAUAGCUUCACGGUUCGAUGCGGUAGUUUCCUUGAGGAAGUCAAGAUGAAGAUCUGUGAUACCGAGGGAGUUGCGAAUGUUCGCUGUGAGCUCGCUGAGGAAAUUUGUACAUUCAAAUGUUCAUUCGACGACGGUAGACUCAGUGUAUUCACCGAGGACGACGUUCUCUUGUUCGAUAUACCGGAGCCAAGCUACAUGGCUAAAUUAGCCAACAAAAUCGGAGUUUUCGAGGGCGGUGCUGUGGCCCCGAUGCCUGGAGUUGUCGAACAGGUGUUGGUCAGCGAAGGUCAGGAGGUGGUCAGAGGCCAGUCUCUCGUCGUGAUGAUCGCGAUGAAAAUGGAGUAUGUCAUCAGAGCUUCCGGCGACGGGAUCGUUUCGAAAGUGAUGUAUAAGAAAGGGGACAACGUCGCCAAAAACACUCAACUGGUGCAGGUCGUACCCAAAACGGAAUGAAGCCUCCGAGAAGCGAUGGAAGCGCAGAUGUGAGACGAUGUUUGCAAUGGGGAUAGCUCUUGACUGGGGAAACCCUUCACGCGCCAAGACAGGAUGGGCCUCAAGAAAUGGAACAAUACUCAACGCCUACUACAACGUAUGCACAUAUAAAGGUGCGGAAAGAGUCGCUUCGUCUUGGAAUCGGGUUUCACCCGUCGUUGUUGGAUGUAAGCAUUGGACCUUCGAUCUAGUUUGGCAUGAAUAGUCUCUCUGGUACUCUCCUAAUCUUGAGUACGGAGUCAGGCGAGUAAGUUCGGGUAUUCGCUCCCGAUUCGGAAUAAAUGAGUCCUCGAACAAA